AUGAUGUCGGAGGUGUCGCCGCACGAUUCUGCGCCCCUGGAGAGGGAGAAAACCAACAUCACAUACAGCUAUGAGGGUGUUAUAGGGUGGAAGAGCGUGCGAUAUCUGCGCCCGUUCCGUGGCAUGUAUCACGAUGUACGACGACGACUUCCCCACUACUGGAGCGACAUUCGGGAUGCCUGGGACUACCGCACGGUCCCCAGCAUUGUCCGGAUGUAUUUUGUCAACAUUCUGCCCGCCAUCGCAUAUACCAUGGAUAUGUACCGGCGCACGGGGGAAUUCUACGGGAUCAAUGAGGGUCUCUUCUCCUCGGCGCUUGCUGCCAUGAUCUUUAGUCUCUUUUCCGCCCAGCCCCUGACCAUUGUCGGCAUUACUGGUCUUAUCUCGCUUUUCAACUACACUAUCUUUGAUAUCAUCAACAUCUAUGACCCAUCCAUCUAUCCAAGCUUUAUGUGUUGGACUGCUAUUUGGGCGGCCAUUUUCCAUUGGAUAGCUGCAAUAUGCAAUGUGUGCGACUACAUGCGCUACGUGACGGAUUUUUCCAGCGAAGCAUUUGGCAUGUAUGUCGGUAUCAUUUACUGUAUCAAGGGAGUCGAAGAAUUGGUCAACGAGUUCACGACACACGGCCGAGACGCUGGGUAUCUGGCCUGCUUGAUUGCGAUUCUCUACUUCCUCACCAUCUAUGGACUGGAGAAGCUGGGUGCCAGUACCAUUUGGAAAGCAUCGGUCCGUGGGCUGAUUGCCGACUAUGCGUAUCCGCUGGGAACCCUCUUCUGGGUUGGUUUUGCCCACUUUCCUGGUAAUCUGAAAUCCACGCACAUAGGAUUCAUCCCAGUCACUCGCGCUUUCUAUCCAACUCAAGACCGCGGCUGGCUGAUCCACUUUUGGGAUCUUGAGGUCAAGUGGGUGUUUGUGGCGCUGCCGUUUGGCUUCCUGACAAUGCUGCUCUUCUAUUAUGACCAUAACAUUAGCAGUUUGACCGCACAGGCGCGGCAGUUCCCGUUGAAGAAGCCGUCGGGAUUUCACUGGGACUUUUUCCUUCUGGGGUGUACGACUUUUAUUGCUGGUAUAAUCGGGAUCCCCAUGCCGAAUGGACUCGUUCCGCAGGCCCCCGUACACACAGACUCCUUGACAGUCUACGAGACUGAGCUGCGAGUGAUCCCCACAGAGGAAGGAGAAGGCGCAGAGCUCCGCCGGCCCGUCGUCAAGGCAAAGGCUGUGGUCGAACAGCGUGUGUCCCAUUUCAUCAUGGGGCUGGGGAUUAUUGGCACCAUGACGGGCCCGUUGCUUGUUGUUCUGCACACGAUGCCGACUGCCAUCUUCGCCGGUGUGUUUUUCACCGUGGGCUGGGGCUCGAUCGAGUCCAACAGCAUGCUGAAAAAGGCCAUCUUUCUCAUGCAGGAGAGCCGGUUCAUCCAGCGCGAUGAGCCUCUUCUUUCGAUCCGCAAGCGAAAAAUUCUCCUGUUUAUCGGAUUGCAGGGUCUCGGCGUCGCUGCCACUGUGGCCAUUUCCCAGACAAUUGCGGCUAUUGGUUUCCCCAUCCUGAUCAUCCUGCUUAUCCCGCUGCGUGUAUGGGCACUUCCCCGCUGGUUCAGCGAGAAGGAACUGGAUGUCCUGGACGACCUCACUGCAGAUAAUAGUGCUGUUCUCCGCAGCCUGGGUGGGCCUCCCAAGUUCCCUGGCCAGACCGAGCUUGCCCACGAAGGAUUGGCGCGCAGAUACUCGGAGCAGCGGUCAGGAGUGCCGCGACAGAGAGCUGGGAGUAUUACGCGCUAA